GUCGAGAAUCAGACGCCCCUCUCCUACUCCACUGUUGCGCACCAACACCAGGGACAAGACGUCUCGCCCGGGGUAAGUCCAGGGAAAGAAGCGGCACUCAAACUCAGAGACUGUCUUCCAUCCAUUCAACAUGUUUCAUCUUCGGAGGACGUUUGAGAACGAAAAGGUCCAACUCCAGCAGUUGAACAGCAGGCUCGGUCAGUACCUGUCGCGAUCCAAGCAGCUGGAGCACGAAAACGCACAGCUUAUCGCCGAAAUAAACAGCAUCAGAAAAGAAAAAUCCACACAAUGGGAGCAUCAACACAUGGCAGAGUUGCGGCAGAUGAGGAGAAUGGUGGAACAGCUCGCCUUCGAAAAGUCCAAAGCAGAAAUGGAAAGAGAAAAGCUGCGACAAGAGCUCCACAUGGUCCAGUCUCUGCGCUCCGAGGAGACGGCGGCGAGCAAAGGUCUGGGUGGGGAACUCCAGUACUGUGAACGGGAGCUGCAUCAAGCCCACAAUAUCAACACAGUUCUGGAGACACGGCUAGUUGAGCUGGAUAACGAAUUCAAGUUUCUGGAGAAUGCCCACAAAGAAGAAGUCGCGCGUAUGCGAAACCAGGCUCACGCCAGAGUCAUACCUGUCGUUACCCAAACAUACCAUGGCCCCGCAGCGCCUUCGAUGGAGGAGGUUGAGCACUUCGCGCAGUCUUUGUCCGAAAGUUGGAUGGAGACGUACGACAUGUACCGGAUGAGGGUGGAGGAGAUGGAGCAGUCCAUCAAAGCCGACCAGGCCAGACUGGAGGACAUGGAGAGGGAGAAAUUGCAUUAUGCCGCGGAACUGAACAAAUUGCGCGCAGAUCUUGACAGUCAAAGCCAUGUACAGGUGCACCUGGAGGACCAGCUCAUCGACCUGCAGAACAGAUUCCGAGCUGAUAUCAACCAGUACCAGGUGGUGAUCGAGGAGCUGGAGCAUGAGCGCAUGAUGCUGGCCAACGCCAUCACAGAGAAGCUGCAGGACCACCAGCACCUCCUCAAGGUCAAGAUGGACCUGGGCAUGGAGGUCGCCGCCUACAAGGCUCUGUUGGAAGGCGAGGGAAGACAUGCCCAAAUGCGGUCUGAUCUGCGCUCGAGAGAAAGAAUAAUAGAUAUCCAGAUGCCCACACGCCCUCACACCCCGAGAGCCAUGGGCAGGAUGGACCUGAGCUCCCCGUUCCAGUUCUCUGGCUUCGAGAGGUACAUGGAACCCAUUACUGGUGUGCGAACAGCCGCCACCGUGUCCAGCCACGUGCAGUCCAAAAGUGCCUCGCGCGUCAUACCCAUCAGCGUGUCCGGCCGUGCAAAUGCCCAGCAGAGCCCAGCAGAGAGGAGGGACAUGGUUGCCUUCAGCAAAGCCUCACAGGCCGCUGCUACUGCUGCUGCUACAAGUGCCUCCAAACCAUCCACCACAAGGGCUGAGACGAUGGUGAAGAAGGAGGUGGUCCAAGAGAGAAGUGUGAAAGUCAAAGAGGCGCCACAGAGACCUGUGUCAGCCGUGUCUCCCAUGAUGACAGCCCAAAGUGUUCAGCAGAAACAGAAAGCAGAUGAGAAGUCGGAUUUGAGAGAACAGGACAAAACUCAAGAUAUCAGACAACAACAGGGCAGUAAAGCCCCUGAUUAUGCAGAGAAAAGCAAAGGCCAGCCUGAAAAGAAAGUGCUAGACACAGUCCUCAUGGAGGAGAUCAUUGAGACAGUGAUGAAGCCGGCUGGCUUGGGGGUGGACCUCUCUAAUCCUGACUCAAAGAUGACCUACCACGUCGAGAAGACCCAGGAUGAGGAUGGAACAACCAAGACGAACAUAGUACUCGAGUCCAAGGUGCAGGAGCACAUCGACCUGUCCUCGGACAAUGCUCUGGAGGAGCUCCUGAGUAAAGGUGUGAAGACUGUGACCUUGGAGGACAUAAAGGGAACCCAAACCGCCAGCAUGAUCCAGAACCUCAUUGGUCUGGGGUUGAAGGAAGGGGAGAGCAUGGAGAACAAGAAAGUCAACAUUAAAAUAAUCGAGGAGCCUGUCGAGAACUCAGAUGACGAGGAGGCUGAACUGAUGAUGUCAAACCCAGAAUUUUUCCAAUCCUCCUCCAUGGGCUAUCAGGUUGAAGAGGUUGAGAAUGUCCCAAAGUCCACCGAGGCCCCAACUACAGAAACUGCCUAUGAGGGAAAUGGAUCGGUUAGGAUUCAGGAGAGUUCCACUGACAUGGGACCUUCUUACUCCUCCCAAGAUCAGGAAUCCCAGGACUAUUUUGUCUCCACACCAGAAGACAACUCAGAGGGAGAGGAAGGUGGUUUUGGAUCCUAUGGACACUACGGGGUUGUGGAUGACCUGUCAGAUGAAAGAUACUACCAAGAGGGCGCUUUCCCCGUGAAGAAACACUAUUCAGAUGAGAGCGACAGUUUCAGAGAAGACCCAGAUGCCACCUACGCCGAAGACGUCCAUUCAUACGCAAGAGGAGGCAAUAUCCCAGACUGCAUCAUUGAGGAAGAGGUCCGUGUCUCACCCAUGGUGCAGGAGUCAGUGCUUGAGAUCCUUAAUGAGCAGAAGCUGGACCCCAAACAGCAGCUAAAGGGAGCCCUGGAGAAGCUCCAAGGCACCGUGUCCGGCUCGCUCAGGGAAGAGCUGAAUCUCCUGACCAAGGGCGAACUUGAGGGUGCUGACAACGUAUCCGUGGACAUUCAAAAGAUGCAGCAGUCAUCAGACAAUGGAACCACGACCAUCGUGGCGCAGCUCAACGUCACCCAGAGCCUGGAGAAGUCUGGACUUCUGGGCGAGGGGGACGAUGACAUGUCUGAUGAACAGAUAAUGGCCGCCCUGCGCUCCAACCCCGAACUCCAGAAGGCCUUCAGCGGAGGAGCACAGGGAGGCUACAGCAUGAAGGUCUCCAGGGAGGAGGUCACCUCGCAGGGGAUGCCCUGGGGGAGCGAGCAGGCCGGAGAAGGGACGGACAUCAUGGAGGAGUUCGGCAGGACGGAGAAACACGUCAAGCUGAGCCCCAACGAGCAGACCUUCACCUUCCAGAUGGAUGGCAAGUCGGGAAUCCCAGGGGCUGGGGCAAUCAACAUUCAAGGGCUACUGCAGAGGGAAAUGGGGGGCAGUGAGCAGGAAGGCCAACAUGGAGGAGUGAAGGUCACCCAGGAGAAGAGAAUAGCUACUGUGUUUCUUGAUGACACAGAGAUGUAAGAUCAAUACGAGCAUACCGUAAUAUUAAGAGUUUCUUUCUACACUACAUUUGCGAAGCAAGUGAUGCCAACCCCUAUGUUUUGAAUGUUGAGGUUUCUUUGACUGCUAUGACAUAUAUAUUUUUAUAUUAACUUAGACUACUAUGCUUAUAUCUUUUCCUAGAGGAUGUCAAACCUAACAGGUUCAGUUUAAAAGCUAUAUUCUCCAUUGAAAAGUCUUAAAGGGAUGACGAUGAUGAUUAUGGUGAUGAGAAACAUAAAAACCAAGAUCACCAUGUAGCUAUUAUAGCAAUAACCAAAUGCCACAUAGCUAUCAUAGUAGUAACCAAACGCCAAAGGCCUGUUUUUGGAGAGAGAUUAUGCAACCAAGUGUGUUGGUGAUGACAGAAUGACAAGGAUGUCAAUACUGUAGGACUAGCCCUGGCUGCUUUCAUUGGUUGAUUGGUUGUCACUGGUGGAUAACAUUGAACCUAUUUACGUAGGAGAUACUGCAGUACCAGUAAGGAAGACACAUACGUAAAUUUGCUGAAUUCACCAAUAUGCAAUUGCAAUUCUUGAAAUGCACAUGAUUACUUACAAUAAGAGCAGAUUAGCUUGUGUUGAAGUGUCAUUGUCACUAUUGUGGUGUCUACAUUUUUAGCUGGUAGACAUGUCACACACAUUCUCACACAGAUGCAUAAAUCCUUCAAUGACACUACUUUGGCAAGUGCUCAUCACUGAUUCAGCCCUUCUCAGUUUGAUGUUCCUCGAUGCACUUACAUGCAUGCACGAAAACCAGAAUUAGGAGGGAGUUAGGCUCGGGGGACUAUGGGAGGGGCAGGGAGUGGGACUACAGUAGGAGAUGGAACCGUAAAGUAGAAGUAUAAUAUUAAAUUCCUUUGAUAUAACAGGGGAAUGACAUUCCUGCAGGGUUGAUGGACUAGUGGAUGAUGUGCAUGAGGAUGGGAUUUUAGCUAAGUGGUCUGAGUAACGUAGCGGUGGUGGUCUGGUCUGGGGUUGCAUUAGGUCAGUCACUAGAGUAGGCACACACACACACUGAGUGCGUUUUAAUAUGCGACCUUGCCUCCUCCACUUGCCUCCUCCACUUGAUUCUCGUCAUGAUGACAUCACUGACCACAGCAUUAUAUUUCAAUAUCUUGCAAAAGCUCAUUUGUAAAGUCUUUUUCUCAUUUGCAAUUGGGAUGGUGAAUGAAAAACAGUCCCUCAAAAGUUGUUGUGGCGAGGCUGACAGCUGGGAAACUUUAUCGUUUUCUCCACGGAGGAGGGGCCAGGAGGCGGGACGAGGAGACAAGCACAAGUGGAGGAGGCAAGGUCACAUAUUGGGAUGCACCCCUUCACUUGAGGCGAGGCAGUGUAGUGCAAUGACUGUCAGCUAUUUUAGGACCCGCGUGUCAGCUUGGCAGGAGGUAGCUAGCUGUGCAGGAGGAGAGAGAGGCAGAUGCGGGGGCGCACGGUGUGUGUGUGUCUGUGUGUGUGUCUGUGUCUGUGUGUGUGUGUGUGCGUGCGUUGUAGUCUUGAGGCCCCUCAGCCGUGUAAAACCUAUAGAGUGUAAGUGAUCCAUAGCAUUAGCUAGCAUGUUUCAGAGUGAUUAAGUGGUUGAACUGUUUUGGUUUUACAGUAGCGAAGGGAUUGUUAGUUGAAAUAAACGUGUACACAUCAUGAAACUAACACCAUCAAUGAGGCAGAUAUUCUAUAUCCCAAAUUAAGGCACCCACAGCCUUUGGGCUCUUAUGGUGGGGGUGAGAGGUACCUUUGCCAGCUGGAGAUUUUACUUAUUACCUGGCAGGUGUGUACACUCAAAAUGGCAAUGGAAGCUACUGUUUUCUGCAAACUUCACUUCUGAUUUUGAAGAUUUUCUUAACAUGUUAUCGAAAAAUGCAGUGAUAUUUUGGUCAUGGCUUUAUCAUUGUCUGUAUGUCAUAGACACCUAGAUGCAAUGUUUGACAUAUAAAAUCUUUAUUAAUAUGCUUUGCAAAUGUCACAUUAAUUAAUGGCUUAUUGAAAUAAAUGAAUGUUGUCACAAGUUAUAUUGCUUUCCAUGCACCUAUCACCUUGUAGCACCUUGUUGUAUUACCUGCGUGUUACUACUAAUGCUGCAAAUCUUUUCUGUCCUGUGCUAAACACUGUUGGGAAUGUGAGAAUGUAUUGUAUCUAGCUUUAAGAAAUCUAGUAAGAGUUGGUGUUUCUUGCGGAUGUACCUACAGUAUAUGCCCCCAUCAUAAUAAUGUUUAAUUGAGGGUUGUAUCCUAACGUGCAGAAAGUGAAACACGAGAAAUAACGUACGACCAUGCACUUUGUUAACAGUUAAAAACUGCUUAAAUUUCAGCUACUGGUAGAGGCUGAAUGGAACACUCCUGGUAACAAUUUGGUUUUAUUGGCCUUAAAAAAAGGGAUCUUUAUAUUGAACGUUGAUUUGAUUUGCCUAUAGAAAGGGAUACAGUAUCUGUGUUACUGUGUACUUUGGCAUUAAUUUGGCAUCUCAGUCUCUGUACCCUGUCCAAAUGCUGCCGGACAUACACGUUUUAUUGGUGCUUAUAGCAAAAAAACAAACUAUUAAAAUUGAACUUUCAGUCCAUGA